GAACCUCAAGAGUGUAGCGAACUGCAGCCCUGUCGGCUGCCGGACGUGCCCCGAAAACGUGGCAUUGAGCAUUAAGCGGCUGGAAUGCAAAAUCACCUUCUGAUGCCCCCGCUUCCAAAACAGUGUCGGGGCAGAGGCUCGGAAACCUCGCUAGCCUUCAAGCAGCCCUACCAGUGCCACAGUCCUAGGGGCCGUGCAUGUGCAGCGGCACCCUGCAGACGCCCCUUUCUCUCGGUCUCCCCCGCCCCGCUCUGGCUCUGGCUCUCUCCAGUCUAGCCUGACGCAGGCAGAUCGAAAUCACCCUUAACAACCCAGCCUCCGGUAGAGUGGUGCCGGUGGGGUUCCGUUUAAGAUUAUGUCUCUAAUCCUCCUUCCGUAGCUCAAGCGCGGCUCGCUGCCAAAUCGCCCAGCCAGCCGGCGCAGGCUGGAGGCGUGUUUAAAGGGCGAGCGGAAUCUGCCGGCGGCAGGUCGAUCGGGAGCGAUCGGCAAAGUUGGCUGAAGUGGGAAGCUGCGGCUACUUCGGGGAAAGUUGCUGGGAGCGGGGGAGAGACCGGCUGCGGAGGAAGGCGCCCCUGGCCCGAGGAGGAGUAUGGGCACUUUGCGGGAUUUACAGUACGCGCUGCAGGAGAAAAUCGAGGAGCUGAGGCAGCGGGAUGCUCUCAUAGACGAGCUGGAGCUGGAGUUGGAUCAGAAGGACGAACUGAUCCAGAAACUACAAAACGAGCUGGACAAGUACCGCUCGGUGAUCCGGCCCGCCACCCAGCAGGCGCAGCAGCAAACCUCCAGCACCCUGCAGGGGGAACACAGGACCAAGAGGCAGGCAAUUUCAGCCGAGCCCACCGCAUUUGACAUCCAGGAUCUCAGCCAUGUCACCCUUCCCUUCUACCCCAAGAGCCCACAGUCCAAGGAUCUAAUAAAGGAGGCAAUCCUUGACAAUGACUUCAUGAAGAAUCUAGAACUAUCUCAGAUCCAGGAGAUUGUGGAUUGUAUGUAUCCAGUGGAAUAUGGCAAAGACAGUUGCAUCAUCAAAGAAGGAGAUGUGGGUUCACUGGUGUAUGUCAUGGAAGAUGGAAAGGUUGAAGUGACAAAAGAAGGCGUGAAACUGUGUACCAUGGGACCUGGCAAAGUAUUUGGGGAGCUAGCCAUCCUUUACAAUUGCACCCGGACAGCAACCGUCAAAACUCUCGUAAAUGUGAAACUUUGGGCUAUUGAUCGGCAAUGUUUUCAAACAAUAAUGAUGAGGACAGGCCUCAUCAAGCAUACUGAGUAUAUGGAAUUUUUAAAAAGUGUUCCAACAUUCCAGAGUCUUCCUGAAGAGAUACUCAGUAAGCUUGCAGAUGUCCUAGAAGAGACGCAUUAUGAAAAUGGAGAGUACAUUAUCAGGCAAGGGGCUCGAGGGGACACUUUCUUUAUAAUCAGCAAAGGAAAGGUAAAUGUUACUCGUGAAGAUUCACCCAGUGAAGAGCCAAUCUUUCUCCGCACUUUAGGGAAAGGAGAUUGGUUUGGAGAAAAAGCACUUCAGGGGGAAGAUGUCAGAACAGCCAAUGUCAUUGCUGCUGAAGCAGUAACUUGUCUUGUCAUAGACCGAGACUCUUUCAAACAUUUGAUUGGAGGUCUGGAUGAUGUUUCCAAUAAGGCCUAUGAAGAUGCAGAAGCAAAAGCAAAAUAUGAAGCCGAAGCUGCCUUCUUCGCCAACCUGAAACUGUCUGAUUUCAACAUCAUUGACACUCUUGGAGUUGGAGGUUUUGGACGAGUUGAACUGGUCCAGUUGAAAAGUGAAGAAUCCAAAACAUUUGCAAUGAAGAUACUGAAGAAACGUCACAUAGUGGACACAAGACAGCAGGAGCACAUACGCUCAGAGAAGCAGAUAAUGCAGGGGGCUCACUCAGACUUCAUUGUGAGGCUAUACAGGACAUUCAAGGACAGCAAGUAUUUAUAUAUGUUGAUGGAAGCCUGUCUAGGUGGAGAGCUUUGGACAAUUCUCAGGGACAGAGGUUCAUUUGAAGAUUCUACGACCAGAUUUUAUACAGCAUGUGUGGUGGAAGCUUUUGCCUAUCUGCAUUCCAAAGGAAUAAUUUAUAGGGACCUCAAGCCAGAAAACCUUAUUCUAGAUCACCGAGGUUAUGCCAAACUGGUUGAUUUUGGCUUUGCAAAGAAAAUAGGAUUUGGAAAAAAAACAUGGACUUUUUGUGGAACUCCAGAGUAUGUAGCCCCAGAGAUCAUCCUGAACAAAGGUCAUGACAUUUCAGCAGACUACUGGUCACUGGGAAUCUUAAUGUAUGAACUCUUGACUGGCAGUCCACCUUUCUCAGGCCCAGAUCCCAUGAAGACCUAUAACAUCAUAUUAAGGGGGAUUGACAUGAUUGAAUUUCCAAAGAAGAUUGCCAAAAAUGCUGCUAAUUUAAUUAAAAAACUAUGCAGGGACAAUCCAUCAGAAAGGUUAGGGAACUUGAAAAAUGGAGUAAAAGAUAUCCAAAAGCACAAAUGGUUUGAGGGCUUUAACUGGGAAGGGUUAAGAAAAGGUACAUUGACACCUCCUAUAGUACCAAGUGUUGCAUCUCCGACAGACACAAGCAAUUUCGACAGUUUCCCUGAGGACAAUGAUGAACCGCCACCUGAUGACAACUCAGGAUGGGAUAUAGACUUUUAAUGUAUUUCUCUUACCUGCUUCUGCCUUGCUGAAGACAGCUUCCUGAGACACGGCUGCCAGCAAAACUGAAGGAAUUGGGGAGGAUUAGUGCUCGGGGUCACCAUGAUGCCUUGAUUGAUGCUGCUACAGUAACUACAGUGGCAUUAGGACUUAUUGCUUAGAUGACAAUAGUGCUCUUCACAUGUUUUAUGUUUGAACUUAAAAUAGCAGUUGACAUGGUGGUCCUGAAGCAAGCCUUUUCACCAGUAAAGAAAUAUGUUUUCUAUCACUGCAAUUAUCUUGCUAUGCUCUAAUUAUAAUUUGAAAGAUAAUAGUGUAAGGUACACUUAAAGCCAGUAUUUUACAGCUAGAAUUAUCAGUAGGAUCAAAUAGUAACUUAUUAUGUACUAUAGUUAUCUAUGGUACAGAAUGUGGGGUACUCCCACACUUCAGAGUGAGUUUGUAGGGUCUUUUACUGCAGGCCACUGUGAAUACAAAGGAGGACCACAAAACAAUUGGUCAAUGAGUUCAUGUCAAAGCAGUGCUAAAAGUUGUCCUUUUUUCAAGCAGUGUUCAUGACAAGACUGAAUGUUACCUUUCCUUUCUCUUUCUGACAGAUUUUUUAAACUGAUACAACAAAAGCACAACUGCUACAGUUUCUGUUGAGAACUGUUAAGGCAGGUAUGGGUCGGUUUUCGCAUACAACUGAGAACAUGUAACAAACUUUUUUUUUCCUUUUGGUACAAUAAAUAUUUGCAUGAAAAAAUCAUUAUUAUUCAUUCUACAUAUUAAAAAACUGUGCUUAAAUAACGGUCCUAGAAAUAGAAUGACAACAACCGACUGGUCUUAUUAAUUAUUAGAAAUAAAGACUGAUCUUAAAAUAACCCUUAGCUUUUAGAGCCCAAGGAAGAAAAUCUAAGACCCGUAACAUACUGUAUAGGUGCUAUGUACGUCUUUCAUCUGUGAAUAUAAAUGUUCAACAGUCAAUAAGCAUUUCAGAGAUAUGUAGCAAGAGACAUCAUCUUUAGUGAUGCUCUAAAAACAGAGAAUCCUUUAAGUCUCCACAUUUGCAUCUUCUCUGCUUUUACUCUGCAGUAUUUGGGAGCCAUCAUAGUAUUCUUACUUUUCCUGCUUCUUUAACAAUAUAUCAAUACCGAGGGCAGUUUGCAGAUGACCUCGCUAUAUUUUUAGCGCUAUAUUUUUAGCACUAUAUUUCAAAAUGUAACUAAACCAACGUUUUCAGUUACAACAUAGUAUUAUAACAAUGAAUCCUAAUACUCUGCCUGGAGUAAUGGAUGGCAUUCUGAUGGCAGACCACAUAAGUGGAAAACUAAUGUGAUAGCAACACAGGUCUACUGUAUUUGUGAGAGAUCUGCUGGCAUGUAUAUCUGCAGUACACAGACACUUCAUUGAUUAUACUGAGGUGCUGCAAUGGCUAUAGAAUUAAGCCACCACAAACUGCUAUAAAAAAGACAAGGGAAAAGGAUACUAUAGGCCUGAAUUCUUUUCUCACUUCAACUGCUUUUACAUCACUGGAGUCAAUCCUGAUCUACAAUGAUAUGAGAAAAAAAUCAAACCUUAUUUGCCAACUAAUCAGAGAUGUGUUAGAUUGAAUGUAAGUUUACCCCCUCACAUUUAUAAGAGGCAUUAGUUUUCAGAAUUUGCAAUAGAUUUUACCAGGGCCCCAUUAUAUUCAUUGGAGCAGCAUAUGAUGCCACAUCUGAUUAUACCAUGUUAUAGAGUCAAAAUAUGUGACUUAAUUUAUUGUGCUCCAACACAUUAUAUAUGUAUUGAAGCCGUUAAAAGAUCAACAUUUCCCACAUUUGGUACCACACAGUUAUGGAUAUCUCCUGUUCUAAAUUUACGGGAAGACUAUGGUAAUCCCAAAUAACACUGUGCGGUAACAGUUAGCAGAUGUUAGUUUUUUGUGGUGACCACUGUACGUGUCCUAAUACAUCAGCAUAUUAAUAGCAUACAUGAUUUUUCAAAGCAUGGAAAUUUAGGAUCUGAUCUUAUCCCACUGAAAUCAAUAGAAGUUUCACUACUGACUUCAACAGGAGCAGGCCCCUGUGAAGAUUUUGUGGCAUUUUUGUCUUUACCUUUAAAUACAGGAGAAGCAAAUAGUAGGGGAUUUAUCAAUAACAGAAUGCCUACCAUGAAUACAUUUUAGCAGGUUUUCAUAUUCAUAAGGACAUACAUUGGCUUAAUAAAGCAUUUUAAGGAUAACAUUGUCAAAGUAGAAUAAUGAAUAUACCAACAUCAUGUCUACAAUUUGCCAGCAGACUAGAAAGCCUCACUUACCGCAGUUUCCUUUAACUAACCUAUUUAAUUUAUUUUUACAGUUACAUAUAGUAGGAUGAGGCAAUAUCAGCAGCACAACAUAACUGCAAAUUACUUCUGCUAUUCAUUAAUCAUGUGUGGCAUUGCAUUAAGGUUUGUACACUCUGAAGCAAUCAUAAAAAUAAUAAUAAUUACAUCUACGAGGAACUACUUGUAUACAACAAGUAUACCAUAUACUUAAUUUUAAACAUUUAACUUAGGGAUUUAAAAUACUGUCCGAAAGCAGACACUAGAUACUAGGGCUAAAACAGUCUCAUAGUCAUCUUAGUAAAAAAAAAAAAGUGUAUUCACCUUAUUUCUGCAUUAAAACUGGAUCCCUUCACCCCCAUUGUCUGACAUGGGAGUGAUGUGGCCAUAUUGGACAGUGAAACUUGUUUAAUUUGUUAAUUGACUUUCUUGUUAUACAUAAGGACAUGAAGAACAAGAGUUUAUCAUCUCUCUCAAUUCUAAAUAGUCAUUAUGGUAUGAGUACUUGGGAUUCAACUAUCAGUUACAAUGAACUGAAGAAUUGCCAAGAGAAAAGAGUGUCACAAUAUGAGCUGUAGCUCACGAAAGCUCAUGCUCAAAUAAAUUGGUUAGUCUCUAAGGUGCCACAAGUACUCCUUUUCUUUUUGCGAAUAUUUUUUGGGUGAACUGAAAACAAUACAGGAAGAAUGUUUCAAAAUGAGCUUGUUAUCAAUUACUUUUGUUUGUUCCUAUCAGUUUUGUCCUUGUGCCACAUACAAUAAUAUCCAAAUCCUAUGGCAUGCUGUGUAUUAAUACAAAUUUAUUUUGAUAUAAAUCUUCACUCAACUUUCAUCUUCUUUACCAAGUAUAUUUUAAAUAACUUAAAUGAUCAUAUGUAUAUGAAUAACCCCUUCAUUUAUAAUUAAUAUAUUUGAUUUACAUAUAUACAUUCACAUAAAUUGAUGGCCUCAGUAUUUCCACUUGCCUUUUUUUUUUUUGCCUCCUUUAUCAUGUAUGGAAAGAUGAUGUAUUUACAUAAGGAGAAAUCAGCUACCAUAUUUAAAACAAGUGUGUUAGCACUGGGUUCAUAAGAUACAGAUGAUCUGUAGCUCAUUACACUGCUGCAUUAUUCAUAAAAAAACCCCUCUUAUUUAACAAUAGGACCAUAAGCAAAUAUUUAUGUAAAUAGAUAUUCUUCGUGUUGAUAUUUUGUGGUACUCAUAUAACUUUUUAUUUGGAGUUCCAUGGCAUUAUUACUUCAUUUUUCUUAUUUGUAAUGUAAUGUUUUAGAUCAAAGUAAACUUGAAUUAAUGUCAUAAUUGUCAGUAUUAUUGAACUUUGUCAACUGUACUCUUAUUCAUCUGUUCCAUAGUUUAGAACAUGACCUAGCUAUUUGGCAUUGUUGCAAGUGCCUUAAAUUCAUGGCAUCCUAUAAAAAUACAAAUUUGGUGUUAUGCUGCAUGACAAAGACAAACACACCUCAAAAUGUUGUCCUUUCUUAGCUUGCUGCGUUUUACAGUUCUUUCUGCUAACAAUUUAUAAGCCUUUAUUAUAUAAUAUUGAAGAAUUACAGAAAUGAUGAAGUUGUUCUCUUAUUUCUGUUAAAUGUACCAGAGCUGUGAAUCUGUUAAUGAGAUACAGCGUCAUUUCUGUGAAAUGUAUAAAUGUACGUGCAGGUCAAAUUAAUAUAUGACAUACUAUCAGUCUGUAUACAGGUAUUCCUGUUUUGCUAAGCUGUGCAGAUUUAAAAAACUAUAGUGCAGUAAAGUUCUAACAUAUCGUAUUUUAUACACUCCAUUACAAAUGUUCCACACACACAAAUGAUUAGCAAUUAACUGUAAUUUACACCAAACAAAAUCACAUCUCAACGUGAAACCAAUGACUACAAAAGAAAUAUCUUGUUGCACCACUCAACAAAACAGGAUCAGUGCUUUAUAUGAGCUCUUGUAUAUGCAAAUCAUUUCUGAGGCAAGCUCUCAACACACCUAGAAAGCUAAAUAUUGAAAGUAUGUUAUUAGUUCUCUUCUUCCAUAACUGUCUACUACAUAAACAGACAUAGUACUGAGACUUUGACAAUUUCUCAAAUGUUUCAGGCUUUACUAGCAAAGGGAAAUUUCAUUCAGAGUUGCCUACCAUACUUAUUCCAAUGUAUGCUGUUUUUACACUGGUUGUUUCUUUUGUAUUCUUAUGGCUAUAAUUCUUUGGUUUUCUUCUUACAAUGGAUUCUACAUGAAAGAGUUUUUUGUUUGUCAAAAUACAAUGUCUGUCAUCAAAUGGUCAUUGACCAGUUGCACUCUUUUGAUGUAGAUUUAAGAACUUUUUUUUGUAAACUUAACUGCUUUUGUUUUGCUCUGUAUUUUCCCUGCAGCUGUAAUUGCUGAGUGCCUGUUGUAUACUUUAUAGAGUUGAAAUAAAAAUAAUUACUUUUGAACAUUG